UGUCAAAUGUUGUGAACUUGUAAUGCAUUUUUUGUGCUUUUCAAUUAAAAAAGUUAUCAUUUCCCUUAUUUUCGUGAUUCAUUGACUAAAUUAAGCAGAUAUUUUCCUUGUCCAGCAGUCUACAAUGGAUCGUAGGAGUUUACCGUGGAAGAAGAAAUUAUCAGAUAAGACAGCAAGCGAGAAACCUGCAGCUGUUAUAGUGGAGUCAGCCUCUGCCCCUUCAGAUUCAACUGAACCUAAGGUUGAUCAGGGUAAACAGGAAAUCAAGAAACCUAAAUAUGUGCAAAUUUCCGUUGAAUCUUAUUCACAUUUGACUGGACUGGAGGAUCAAGUUAAGUCUCUUGAGGAACAAGUGAGUGGCUUAGAGGAUGAAGUCAAGGAUUUGAAUGAAAAGUUGGCUGCUGCACAGUCAGAAAUGACUAAUAAGGAAAACCUGGUAAAACAAUACGCUGAAGUUGCUGAAGAAACCGUCUCAG